AACAGACUUGUGCCCGUCAACUGCAUCUUCCCAGACCGGUGUGGGAACAACGGCCAGGUCCACGUCCUGUGUGGUGUGCCGAUGACAGCCGCGAGGCUUCCUUCCCCAAGCGGUCGCGGGCGGGCAAGAGGCAAAGUUUGUCGGAGAAUCGGGGUGACUUUGCUCGGGGACCCGCAUCUGCGCGAAUGCGCGGUGCCGCGGAGCGCGUCUCGCAGCAGCUCCGGGCUGGGGACCGGCUGUCCCUCGCUCCCGGAACCCCUUCAGGGGUGUGUUCUGGAAAAGUGGCGACAUGAGCUAGAGCUGGAGCAGCAGGAGGGAGCAGCUCGCACCCCUGCAGCCCAGGCGGGGAGGGCGCGGACCCGGUGGUGCUGCCCUGCGGCCGCGAUGAGGGAACAACCCUGGUUUGCCUGGCGCUGAUACUCGAGGCUGUGGCGGUAGUGGAAUGCAAAAGCCAAGACUAAUGGAAACAGGGCCUAAAGACCCCUGCAGGAUGCCUGAGGCAAGUUCACCCAGGCGAACUCCACAGAAUGUUCCCUACCAGGACCUGCCUCACCUGGUCAAUGCAGACGGACAGUACCUAUUUUGUAGAUACUGGAAGCCCAGUGGCACACCCAAGGCCCUCAUCUUUGUGUCCCAUGGAGCUGGGGAACACUGUGGCCGUUAUGAUGAGCUGGCUCAGAUGUUGAAGGGGCUGGACAUGCUGGUAUUUGCCCAUGACCAUGUUGGCCAUGGGCAGAGCGAGGGAGAGAGGAUGGUGGUGUCGGACUUCCAAGUCUUUGUCAGAGAUGUGCUGCAGCACGUGGACACCAUCCAGAAGGACUACCCCGACGUCCCCAUCUUCCUCCUGGGCCACUCCAUGGGCGGUGCCAUCUCCAUCCUGGUGGCUGCAGAGAGGCCAACCUACUUUUCUGGCAUGGUCCUGAUUUCACCUCUGGUCCUUGCCAAUCCGGAAUCUGCAUCAACUUUGAAGGUCCUUGCUGCCAAACUGCUCAAUCUUGUCCUGCCAAAUAUGACCUUGGGGCGCAUCGACUCCAGCGUGCUGUCUCGGAACAAGUCCGAGGUUGACCUGUACAACUCCGACCCACUCGUCUGCCGAGCAGGGCUGAAGGUGUGCUUUGGCAUACAGCUGCUGAACGCUGUCUCGAGAGUGGAGCGAGCAAUGCCCAGGCUGACACUGCCAUUCCUGCUGCUGCAGGGUUCUGCUGACCGGCUUUGCGACAGCAAAGGUGCCUACCUGCUCAUGGAAUCAUCCCGGAGUCAGGACAAAACACUCAAGAUGUAUGAAGGUGCCUAUCACGUCCUCCACAGGGAGCUUCCGGAAGUAACCAACUCCGUCCUCCAUGAAGUAAAUUCGUGGUUGUCUCACAGGACAGCAGCGGCAGGAGCUGGGUGUCCACCCUGAACAUGCUGGCCAGGCAACCAGCUCAUGGUCUGGGGGGGUGAGGCAGGCAAAGGAAGGGCAGUGCUGGCUGGCUCAAAAAAAAAAAAAAAAAUCACAAAUUGGAGGAAACCCUAGUACCCUAGUGCAAUUUGCUUUGGGAAAAAAAAAAAAAGGAUCAUUUAUCGUAUAGAUGGCUACUGGCCACUGAUCUACUACCCUAAGGGGCAGGCACUUUAUGAAAGAGGGAGUAUAUUUUCUACACAGAGACUGUGUGGAAAUAUCCUUGGAAUUAAAAAAAUGCAGCAUCUGCCCACCUCUCCCAGCUCCUAUGGGGUUCGGGGACUCGCUGUCAGUCCCAGGUCCCAGCCUGCAAUAAUCAGAGGUCUCUUUCCUCCUGAACCAAGUCCUCUCUGACUGGCUGUCCCCUGGCAUAUGACGAGGUGGCCUGUAUCCCCACAGCUAGCUCCUUAGCGAGCUCAUGUGCCCCUCCAAGGUACUUCCUCAAAAUGGGCAACUACCCUAUCAGCGACUUUUCAGAUGGAAGCCAGGCUGGGGGAAGGGAAGGUGGCCCUGAAUAGCUCUUCUCCCCCAUGCAACUUCCCCCCCCCCCGCUGGGAGUUUGGUCACCUAAGGCAUGUUGUAUGUAUUUAGAGAGGCACCUUUUCUCAGGUCACUAAGUACUCCGCGCUGAGGAGGGUGGCUUUGAAGAUAAUUGUUUAAUAUAUAUAUAUAUGGUAUAUUCUAAAUUAAAGAUUAUAUGGGUGGGUAGGUAAAGCCUGGGCGACUUUGGAAGAACUGGUACCCCCACACAGGGUCAGUCUGCCGAGGACCCAGCCCCCUAAUUGAGGACUAGCUGGCUCUCCUGGCAGAGAAGACACAGGGUGGAGGACUGUGGCCCUGGGCGGUCCCUCUGCCCAGAGCCACUAGGAGUUGCUUGCCAGUAGCACAGCUACCUCUGGUGGCAGGAGAGCCUCCCAUGGAGCCACGGUGCUGGCUGCCUGCCAGGGGCAGCACAGAGCACUUCAGCGACUACCCGCAGACAAGGACCACAGCUGUCUGCACCCCGUGCCGGACUGCAGCAGGAUGGCCCGGCCAGGCCUCAGAGAGGCUCCCCUGAAGCAGUGAAAUCCAAGCCCCCUGUCCUCUCAGGUGCCCACCCGAAGGCCUCCCCCAGGCCUCACUCAGCGCCAGCAAUAACUGGGGCUCACUGCUCUCUUGGAGCACUUCCAUCUUAACGGAGGGCCUUGCCGUUACCUCAGGAGUCCUGUCGAUGCACGUAGAGCCCUGGGAAGGGGCACUGCUGCCAAGGAGAGCUGCUGGAAGGGGUAGGUGGGCCUCCAGGAAGGUGGGAUCCAGGUGUCCUUUCUGGAGUUUUUUUCUCGGUCCUGGGGAGGGCCCUCUGCCCCCUCUGGUGGCCCUGACCAUGCAUAGCAGUCAGAGACUGGCCACCUACUCUAGGUCAUAAGGUCACUGUGCCCCUCAGCAGGGCCCAAGCACUGCAAGCAGGGAAGGAAGGGCCCAAGAGCUGUCCAGAGCCCCCUCUUAGCUCUCCUUCUGUUUAGAAAAUAAAGACAGAAAGAGUGUGGGAAGAGGGGCAGCCAGCACUCCCUCCGGCUCAGGGAACCCUGGACAGCAGUGGACAGGCAUGGGGUAUUUUGGCUCUCCACUAAGUUAAAACCAUUCCAGACUACUGUGCUCAGAUCUGUGACUCUCACCAGGAGCCACCCAAGGCUGCUUCCAAAAGCACAUGCUGACAAUGCCACUUUUCCAAACCAAAUGCCAGCACCCGGGCUGGCGGCUUUCAUGCAUGACGUCAUUUAGAGAUGCAUUUGUAUCUGGUUAAAGAACCACUAACACUAAAAAACAGGGGUGGAAUGAUCUGAAAUUGAGACUGUCUUGUGAAGCCUGUAAGAGUCAUGUCCCUGCAUGACAAAAUGGGGACCAGCACCAGGGCUCCCUCUGUAGAGAGCUAGGACAGUCUUGUAAGACUCCGCCCCUGGCACUGGAGGAAGCCUGACCAGCGGGGCUUCACAGUCACCCCCCAUCACCACAGGAUGCAGAGGAAUUGGGGUACGGAAAAAAUGCUAGGACAUACGAGGCUUGGCCUGAAAAAGGUGGAAGCCAGCAAGGAACCGCCGAUGGUCCUCCCCCAGGUGAAGGAGGGGAUCCAGAACCCGCAAGAACAGAGCAUCCGUGGGCUUCUCCAACCACCAUGGACUUAGGGUUUGAAAAGCUUUUUAGGAGAAGGUGCCACCUGCAGGCAGUGGAGCAUCUCAAUCACUAAGCCCCAGUUCCUUAGAGACAGGGGACCAGCCUCCCUCCACCAUGAGAGCAGCAGGGGGUGCUCUGCUCACAUCCUGCCUCUGGGCCACCUCACACUUCCCUUUCUCUCCUGAUUGCUAAUGUAACUUUCUAAGGAUCACAGUGGCUCACUGGCUUGUCACUGUCACCACGCCCAGUCACUCCCCAUGUAUACUCCUAGUGGGGAACCUGUAUCGGCUUAGAAUUACUAAAGAAACCAAUGUGCACUACAGCUCACUGUAAUAAACCACGUGCUUUUGGA